CGUGUGCGUGGGGAAGCAAGCUCUGGCCCGCCGUGGUAGGCGCGCUCUUUCUCCCCCUUCUCCCUGCGGAUCCGCGUUUGCGCUGGACGCGUCUCGUGUACUCCCUGCACCCUCCCGCAGGAGAUGCUGAGCUGAGAGACGCCUUUCUUGGCCAGGCAGCGGCGGCGGCGGCGGCGCUUUCCUUCUUCAUCUUAGCAACAGCGGCAGCCACCGCCGCCUCCUCGAGCCCGGCGGAUCCGAGUGGCAGCAGGUAGCCGCCGGGCGGAGUAACCAUGGCCAAGACCCGCAAGGAAAGGAACAGCUGGGGUGGGUUUUCGGAAAAAAGCUAUGAAUGGAGUUCAGAAGAGGAAGAGUCUGGUGGGAAGGCCCACCCAGUACAAGUGCUCAUUGUGAAGGAUGACCACUCCUUUGAGCUGGACGAAGCUGCUCUCAACCGCAUCUUGCUCUCCAAAGCUGUCUGUGAUCGGGAGGUGGUGGCUGUGUCCGUGGCCGGGGCUUUUCGGAAGGGAAAAUCAUUCUUGAUGGACUUCAUGCUGAGAUACAUGCACAACAUGGAGUUGGUUGAUUGGAUUGGGGAUUUUAAUGAACCACUCACAGGAUUUUCUUGGAGAGGUGGAUCUGAACGGGAGACAACUGGCAUCCAGAUUUGGAGUGAAAUCUUUCUUGUGGACAAGCCAGAUGGGAACAAGGUUGCUGUACUUCUAAUGGAUACUCAGGGCACCUUCGACAGCCAGUCAACACUGCGAGAUUCAGCCACUGUCUUUGCUCUGAGCACCAUGAUCAGCUCCAUCCAGGUGUACAAUUUGUCACAGAAUGUACAAGAGGAUGAUCUUCAGCACUUGCAGCUCUUCACAGAAUAUGGAAGGCUAGCCAUGGAAGAAACAUUCCUGAAGCCAUUUCAGUCUCUUAUUUUCCUUGUUCGUGACUGGAGUUUUCCCUAUGAAUUUGCUUACGGGGCUGAAGGUGGAGCCAAAUUUUUGGAAAAACGCCUCAAGGUUUCCGGAAACCAGCAUGAAGAGCUGCAAAAUGUGCGGAAGCAUAUACACUCCUGCUUCACAAACAUCUCCUGUUUCCUUUUACCUCAUCCGGGUUUGAAAGUAGCUACAAAUCCCAAUUUUGAUGGGAAACUUAGAGAAAUAGAUGAUGAUUUCAUCAAAAACUUGAAAAUCCUGAUUCCAUGGCUAUUGAGCCCCAAGAGCCUGGAUGUCAAGGAGAUCAACGGAAAUAAGAUCACCUGCCGAGGCCUUGUGGAAUAUUUCAAGGCCUAUAUUAAGAUCUACCAAGGAGAAGAGCUCCCUCAUCCAAAAUCAAUGUUGCAGGCCACUGCAGAAGCAAACAAUCUGGCAGCUGUUGCCACUGCAAAAGAUACUUACAACAAACGAAUGGAAGAGGUGUGUGGAGGUGACAAACCUUUUCUUGCUCCCAGUGACCUUCAGAAUAAACACCUGGAACUCAAGGAAGAGGCAGUGCGGCAAUUCCGUAGUGUGAAAAAGAUGGGGGGUGAAGAAUUCAGCCGUCGCUACCUCCAGCAAUUGGAGGCAGAAAUUGACGAGCUCUAUGUCCAGUAUAUCAAGCACAAUGACAGCAAGAACAUCUUCCAUGCUGCUCGCACCCCGGCCACUCUGUUUGUUGUCAUCUUCAUCACUUACGUCAUUGCUGGUGUCACAGGCUUCAUUGGAUUGGACAUCAUAGCCAGCCUCUGCAAUAUGAUCAUGGGGCUAACUCUGAUCACCCUUUGCACAUGGGCAUACAUCAGAUACUCCGGGGAGUACAGGGAGCUGGGGGCUGUCAUAGACCAAGUGGCAGCAGCACUCUGGGACCAGGGCAACACAAAUGAGGCUUUGUAUAAACUUUACAGUGCAGCUGCCACACACAGACAUUUGUACCAUCAUGCUUUCCCUACGGCCCAGAAAGUAGAGCCCAAGGAAGGGACAGAAAAGAAGAGUAUGUAAUCCAGAUGCUUUCCACAGAGAUGCAAGAAAUACAUCAUUAAAACACAUUAAUCACUUCUGCAUCCAUGUACCAAUCUCUGGCACUCCUCAAAACGGAAGAUAGAGAAAAAUG